UUGUAAAGUGCGUGAGUGCGUUCAUUUGCCAGGAUAUUGGGAAAGCAGCAUCGAUUUGUGGAGUGUUUUCUGCACAUCAUUUUGUGACUUGUACGCUUAUUAACGAUACGGUGCCAUUGUUGGUGUGAUUAGUGCGUGUUUGGUGGUACAAAAUUGAUUAUCUACCAGCAAGCAUGAGCGACAAACAGGACCCUCAAAAUGGCGAUCACCAGAAUGGUCGCAAUGACGAUGAUGAAAUCCGAGAACCGGAACACCUUCGGAAGCUAUUCAUUGGUGGACUUGAUUACCGUACUACUGACGAUACGCUGAAAGCGUACUUUGAAAAAUGGGGGAAGGUAGUCGAUGUAGUCGUCAUGAAGGACCCGAAAACGAAACGUAGCCGCGGUUUCGGUUUUAUUACCUACUCGAAGUCGUACAUGAUCGACGAUGCCCAAGCCAACCGUCCGCACAAAAUCGAUGGGCGUGUUGUGGAACCCAAGCGCGCAGUACCCCGGCAGGACAUUAACCGACCGGAGGCUGGAUCGUCGGUUAAGAAGCUCUUCGUAGGCGGUCUUCGGGACGAUUUCGAUGAGGAGCAUCUUCGAGAAUACUUUUCUAAGUACGGCAACGUCAUCUCGGCCUGCAUUGUCACGGAUAAAGAUAAUGGCAAGAAGCGUGGGUUCGGGUUCGUAGAGUUUGACGACUACGAUCCGGUUGAUAAAAUAAUCCUGCAAAAAAGUCACACGAUCCAGAAUAAGUUGCUAGAUGUGAAGAAGGCUCUACCAAAGCAGGACAUGGAUCGGUACAAGAACGAUAUGGGCCGCGGUGGUGGCGGCGGUGGCGGUGGUGCCUGGGGCAACCAGCGCGGAAGUGGUGGUGGUGGGUGGAACAACCAGCGAGGCGGUGGUGGUGGCGGUUGGGGCAACCAGCGAGGUGGCGGGGCAAGCGAAUGGAACAGUGGUGGGUUCAAUAGUGGUGGCGGUUUCAACAAUGGCGGCUUCAAUAAUGGCGGCAACCAAUGGAACAACGGCGGUGGCAAUCCAUGGGACAAUGGAUGUGGCUCACAGGGCCAGGGCGGUUGGGGCAACAAUAGUGGAAACUGGGGAGGGAACAGCAGUGGUGGUGGGGGAUGGGGAGGAAACGAAUUUGGGAAUAACUAUCAACAAGGAUACAACGCUGGUCCCGUCCGUGCUGGUGGCAAUUUUAAUCAGCGAGCGGCGCCCUACGGCAAUCAAGGUGCGGGUGGCAGCGGUUACAGUGGCAACGGGAAGUACGGAAGUAACCGUACAUAUUGAUAAGUGGAAGAGGAAGAAGAUGAAUGAUGAUGAUGAUGAUGAUGAUGAUUAUAAUAAGGAGAUCAAUCGGAUCAAAAGAGAUUGAAAGUAAGGAAUACGUUCUCUCUACCUUCACAACUAGAGUGUGUUGUACUCAUUUUUGAAACUAAAAUUGCUCUUACCACCUUUUUGCUACUUGUUGCGUGGACACAUAUCAAACGAUCGAUCGUGUUCCACACUCACACCAUCCUGUGUUUGUUGUUCUCCGCUACGACCAUUGUUAUUCGCCCACCACUACCGUUCGUGUCCUUAACGAAAUGCCUUACACCAACCACCACCAAACCACCGCCAUCCACUCGUUUGUUCUACUCUCCAUCGACAGCCCGACAUCCCGGCAGGUACAAUAAAGGUUUUAGAAAAUGAUAGCUAAAACGUAACAUUGCAAAACUAAACACAGUAACUGAGGAAACCGCAGGAUUGUCAGUAAUGAUGGCAGUGACAGAAGAAGAUUCAUUGCGAAGGGCAUUCGGGAGACAGUGAAGGAAGGAAACAGUCAUUCGUGGUAGACCGCAGCAGCACAGAGAACAACAGGCACAAGGAUUGCAGGCGCGUGUCAUCGUGCGCAAGUGGCACGGAGGCAGAAGGAACUUGUCUUGCGAGGAAUCAUGCAUAGUGCAUGGAAAGAGUGUCUCGUGCACAAGUAACAAGAAUGCGAUUCCUAGACAGAUCAUAAACCAGCAGCAGCAGCGCCUACUACAGCUUCACCCACUACUACUCCCUCUUCAGUUUGAACGGUUUUCAUCUCACGACAAGGUCAGAAGGUGCCGAAGAGGUCUUAACAAAAAUUCACCACACAACCGUAAAACCAACCGAGCGUGACAGUGGAAGGAAAAAAAGAUCUUUCAGCGAAUAAUUUUUGUCUUUUCAAUGAUAGGAAACAUGCAUUUGAGAAUGUUGCCGAUACUGAUAGUACAUGUUGAAAGUAGUAAGUUGCCUGACUUGCAAUGCUUCGUUCGGCGGCAAAGGAAUGUAGCCUCACCUCGGUGUAUAACCAUUACGGGUUUCGUUCCCAUCCCUUCCGUUAGCUUUGUAUUAGAAUGCUUUAUAUUGUUGACAACCCCUCAAUAGAUUCCUGGAUUAUCUAAGCACGGUCCAAAUCGGUUUUGUAUCUGAAAAAAACAUUGACUUUUAAAAUCAUGAACGAUAGAGAGGUAGAGAACGUGAGCGAAGAGAAAGAAAGAAAAAGAGAACUUAUCAAUCCGUCUGUUACUUGUAAACCGCUACAGAAGGACUACCCAUCUCCUCCUUGCACGUUUGCGGUCAAACUGAGAAACAAUUAGCAAGUAAUAAUGCUAUACUUAUUGGGUAAUACUGAGUGGAUAAGGGGAAAACUAGCGAGUAGUGUGUGCAAGAGACCUGAAAACAUUUCUAAUUACACAUUACAAUUUCCAUAGGAUCUAGGACAAGUUUUUAUAAUUAUCAUUACCCAAAGCAAAAAAAUAGUACCCAAACUACGUGCUCACGGCACGUGAGCACAAGUGUGUAGAUCAGUGUGAGAUGAGACGAGGCAAAACUUUCGAUUCGCCAGUAAAACCAUACUCCCGAAGCAAUGGGGUACGGCUUAAUCUACCGCAGUAACACCCGAGGAAGUUAGGCAUCAAAACUUAUUUUCUCACCUUUCUUUUCGUCAAACCGAUAGCAAAACUCUGAUAGCUGAUAACACAGUGUGCAAAUGCAAAGUGUUUUAAGUAGCAAUUUGUUUGUAGCAGAAAAUAAAUAUUACAAACAUUCAGUUACAUAGUUCAGGACAAAAUAUUGCAGGAUCAGGCUUUAUUAAUUUAGAAGAAAAGAUGUCAGGAACGGACGAGUAGGGCUGUACAGACAGUCGGUCUUCAAAUUCUCAUUUUUUUGGAAUGUAUAUAGAUAUGUGUUUUUGUAAGUUUCCAAAUGUGUUUCAUUUCAUCUACUACUACUGAUAGUGGCAAUUGUGACGUAGACGAAUUACUUUUCUUUUGUAUUUUGACUUGUGGAGUGUAAGAAUGUGAGCGUCUAAGGGUAUCAAUGAAACAAAUAAUGCACUUGCAAACUCGUCUCAGUUUUCAGUUAUUAUGUGUUGUUUUGUGGUACUAGCGUUCUGAAAUUUUGUACGUGGACCUCUUCACACUGUGGAAAUUCAAGAAAAGAACAUUUUUUGAAAAUAGUAAUUGUUUUGUUUACCGUACAAUAAUAACACUGUCAGAGAGAAUCGUUAGAGUUUUCUUUUUUUAUUGAUGAAUAUUAUUUUACCUAAAUCAAAAAUGAAAACCACUCCUCUCUAACGGUUCACUAAUUAAACAGUAGAAUUUAUUGGAGCUAUGUCGGCAGUACGAUAAUACGAAAAUAAAGAAGACAGUAAUUCAA